AUGACUAAAAACAACGAGAAGAGCAGGAACAAAACUUCAUUUUUCAAAGGUCUAAGAAAAAUCUUUUGCUUCCGACCGCAUUAUGAACAUUAUGAAUACAAUGAAGAUUUGACUAGCAGAGUAAAUGACAUUGAAACGUUCCUGAGAAAUCAACAAACUGAAAUCGGCACUAUAAAAGAAAUAUUGGGAGAGAUUCGUGAAACCAUAAAGGGAACGGAUGUCUCUUACAAUAUUAAUUCAGCAUCGACCUCAAAGUCCAAUGCUCAAGACACUAACAAAGAUCAACUAACCUGUCAGCGCUGUCAUUCUAACAAAUUUGAUAACGAAUGGUGCUCCUCCUGUGAUCCCCAAUACUUUAUUGAUCAUUUUUCCGACUGGACCAGUGGCAACUCUAAGAUUGAUAGCUUUAUUCAGACCACUCAACGCAAGGCCACUAGCAAAUUCAAUUUCUUGGAGUGGAUACCUUAUGAAAGUCUUAGUGAUGUUAAAUAUUUGGGUCAAGGAAGUGUUGGAACAAUUUAUUCUGCAACGUGGAUUGAUGGACCAAGAUCAAAGUGGAUGAGAGAAACUAAUGAAUGGGGAAGAUAUCCAAAUGUCGGAGUAGCAUUGAAAAGUAUUGAACUAAAGGACAACGAGUCGAGUGAUUUGAUUUUUAAAGAGUUGCAAUCUCUUCUGACCGUAAAUGAUAACGUUUUGGGCCGUAUUAACACGCUUCGUACAUUCGGAAUAACAAAAAAUCCCGAAGAACCUGAAAAAUACAUGAUGGUCAUACUACUAGCUAACGAUGGGGACUUGGGUCAUUACAUAAAGAAAUACUUUUCCAAACUUACCUACUUCAAAAAACUCGAAGUCCUCUUUGAUAUGAUCACUGGAAUCUUACAAACUCACCGGGUUGAUCUUGUACAUCGAGACCUGCAUCGAGGAAACAUUUUGUGUCAACGAUUUAUAAAAUUGGACGAAGGAAGGGAUGAAUUAUGGUUGCAGAAGUUAAUGUUCGCGACACGCACGGGGAUUUCCCAAGAGUUUCUGGCAGCAGAUGAGAAACGAUUGGUAGAGUUGCCGGUAGAGGAGUUAUCUCCGGGUGCAAGAUAUCAUAGCAAGACUUACCAUACAGUGAACCGUAGGGGAUUUUCCCCCAUCACCGUCGAACCGACAGGCGAAAACUAA